UGUGCUCGUGCUUUGCUGAUGAAUGUUCGUAUGAAUAUAUAGUGCCUUGGCUGUGCCGAUGUGAUAUCAUCACUACAUUCCGGUCACACGCCAAAUUCAGUUCUUGACUCCUGGUACUUGCUCCAUAAAAUCAACUCAAUGGCGCAGCGAUCUUUAUUUGGAAUAACGCGAGAAGUACUUAAGGAUUUAUUGACGUGCCGGAUAUGUUUCGAGAUGUACGAUGGUUCGACCAGGUUUGCCAAAUUUCUGCCGUGUAUGCACGGGUUCUGCGUGGUUUGUCUGGCAGGUCUGGCCCGGGAUGAGCCGCAGUUCAAGUGCCCGGAAUGUCGACGGGAUACCCCGGUUCCUGAGAACGGUGUGCAGGGUUUCCCUGAUAACUUCAUCGCGGGGCAACUCAAGGACCUAGAACACCUGCUUGAUGUGAAUGUGACCAGACCCCACGGUCUCCACUGUGGGUCGUGUAUCUCAGACGGAGGCCCGGCUGUUAGUUUCUGCUCGCACGCCGACUGCGUGACUUUCCUGUGCCACACCUGCGACCAGGCACACCGCACGAUGCGUAAAUUCGACGACCACGCAGUGUGCGCAAUAGAGGAUCUGCAAAAGCAGCCUGAGAUUCUGCUUCACCGUCACAAGAUUCAGUGCGAGCUGCACAAGCACGACUUGACCGUGUUCUGCAACGAGGAGGGUUGCCAACGGCCAUUAUGUCUGGUGUGUGUACCGACGGCCCACCAGGGUCAUCGUGUCGUCGAUCUAGAUCAAAAAUCGUCGGAGGUGAAGGAGGAGUUGCAGAGUCUUGCCCAGGCGGUGGGCGAGAAGACUGCUCCUGUCAAGGAAAUCUCAGAGAGAAUCGAGUCCGAGAUUAGCGAGACCCGGGAUCGAAAGGCAAAGAUGUCGACCAAGAUCUCCAAGAUGUUUGGUGAACUACACACGAAGCUUCAGAAUAGGAAUGAUGAGGUCAUUUCCGAGCUGGAGAAACGAGCCGAAGAGCGGAUACAACAUCUUCGUCAUCUGGGAAGCAACGCAAGGUCCUUAGUGUCUCAGUUCGAGUCCGCCAGCCAGUUUGCCGAGCGAUCCUGCGAAAUUGGGAACGCCGUGGACCUUCUUGGAACCAGGGGACAGAUUAUCUCAAGGCUCCAUGAACUAAUUGCUUACGACAUCAACGCGUCUGAGUCAUUCCAACCAGCCGGUAAGGCAUUCCUAUCUUUGAAAAGUGAUCACAAUCAGGUGUUGGAGGAAUUUGAGAAACUCCUCCCUAGCUUAGGUUGUCUCGACGCGUGCACUGGGGGUACUGUUACGAAGCUGAUGUUCACGAUAGACUUCCCGGAUGAUGUCGGAUCAACCCUACCUGUCAAGGCUACGCAUAAAGUUCGCAUAUCUUCAGUUGAUCCGUCCAGCCCAUCCCUUGAGAGUCUUAGCGGUUGUCUCGGGGCGUACUUGCAAUCACCAGACGGUAGCACAGUAGAGUGCGUAAACGGCGAGCAAUGCGGUGAAUUCUACGAGUUACAGUUCCGGCCGUUGGUAGCAGGACCUCAUCAGCUGAACAUCAGCGUGUCUGGAGUGCCUAUCACCGGCAGUCCGUUUCCAGUUGUCGUUGUCGACACCACGUCCUCACCAGUCGACGAUGGCCAAGCUGAGCAAUCGCAAGACGAGGUCUGCAGUGACUUGACAUGGACGGACGCCUUCGUGCAAUGCGAGCAUAAAAUCACCGUCAAGUUCCAAGCCCCUGAGCAUCGUCUUCCGCGUGUUAACAAUUUGAGCGCCUGGUAUUCCAUGCCUUGGAACCAGGACCAAGAAGACACUGGAUAUGCGAUCCCGGAUAAGCUCACUGCGUCCAACGAGACUGAAGCGCAGAUUGUGGAAACCAACGACAGUCAAACCUUCCGUAUCGUCUACACACCGCCGGAUGCCGGUAAGCUAAUUAUGUCUGUCUUCAUGAACGGUCAGCCCAUCGCCAAUAGCCCCUUUGUCAUCAACGUAAACCCACUGCAUCCAGACUCAACCAUUGUGUCAUCUCAUCAACUUGGAAAGUGCCAACCUAACACCGCUGUCCUUGACAUGCCAUUCAAACUGACACUCCUGACCUGCGAUCAUCACGGAGAACGGCUGACCACUGGAGGAUAUAAUAUCACGGCUUCCGUAACAAUUUCUGGGUCAUCUGAAUCACUACAGCGUCAUUGUUUCACCGACAACCGAGAUGGCAGCCAUACAGUAACUAUCACACCCCGUUCAGUCAAGCUACAUUUCGUCAGCAUCACUAUCUGUGGGAACCCGGUCAAAUCCCCGCUUGAGAUCUCAGUGGUGGACAGCCUACCAUUCGAAGAUCCUCCAACCGGUUUCGAGAAACCGACGGGCUUGGAUGUGGACACCAACAGCCACACUGUAUACGUCGUGGACAUGAAAAAGGGCGGCAGAGUUUGCAUGUUUGAGAGUGACGACGGCAGUUUCAUGUCUGAGUGGGCCAUUGGUGAAUCCCUCUGCAAGAAAUCCUCGCAGAUUGCCGUCAACAACGCGCGACAACUGGUGCUGCUGGUGUCGGACUUGAAACUCGUCCUGACCUACAACAUCCAGGGAUCCAUCGUAAGCAAAUGGAAAUGUGCUACUGACAACAGAAAACCAGCCAACCUCGCUCUGUCCAGAGAAGGUCACGUGAUCGUCGGGGACAGCCAAUCACAGGAGUUGUUCAUCUAUCAGCCAAAGAGCGAGGUCAUGGGUCGGAUUCAGCUGCCGGAGGGCGCACUUGCCAGGGGGAUCAACAACGUCUGCGUGGAUCAUAACCAGAACCUCCUCGUGGUUACGCACUCAGAGCCCAACAGGAUACUACGGUACACCAUGACAGGCGCCCUGAUCUCCAUCUUGGAAUCCCCAACCGAAUCCUGCCAGCUGGCUGUGGCUUCGACCCCAGAGGGAGCUCUGAUCGUCUCCAUGCUGCAUGGCAUCCUGGUCUUGGAGUUCAGCCACGAUCUCAUGGAGGUGGCUAAGGUCAAGGAGUUCCGAACGGACUACAUCUACACCAAGCUGGCGGUGGUCACUGACGGGUGCUUCGUGGCCUUUGACCCGGGGGCGAAACACCUGGCGAAAUACAGCUAUCAACCUAAACCUUCGGCGAGGAGACGAGAGGUCGAUGAAGGGGCGACACCUUAACCCAGAAAAAGGCCGGGUUAUUUUGACCAUCUCUCAGGCA